UCUACUGAAUCGCUAUAAAUUUGCGCGCGUUUUGACUUGGUAAGCCAAACCGUCACAGCUAGGCGUACACGCAGCGACUCUGAAGAGUAAAAUAACUAUCUCAGGAAAUUUUGCAGUGCGCGAGUCAAUCGAACCUCCACAUGAUGACAUCACUAUUGUGUAUCAUCGUAUUUUCUGUGACCUUACAAGUCAGCAAUGGUGCUCGUAUGGGACCUAAGACUCCUCAACCUGGUGAUUUCAGACAGUGCCGUCUGAGCUACAAGCUAAAGGAGCAGUUUGUUGAUCUUCACAAUGAGUUUCGGAGUCAGGUAAAGCCAAGUGCAGCGGACAUGGAGUACGUGGUGUGGAAUGAUGACCUUGGUAACCUGGCUCAGAUGUGGUCGGAUAAAUGCGAGUGGAUGCAUGGCUUUACUAGGUUUGGGGCGUGGCACCCAAACCAAAAUUUUCGAAGCAAGUCUGUAGGUCAAAACUUGGCCCGUGAGUGGGGCAAGUGGAUUGAAAGUAAAGAUGCUGGCCCAGAAGAUUCUGUACGCCGAUGGUUUAUUGAAAAAAACUAUUACAGUUUUUCAAAGUUUGCUUAUCCGAUGCCUUCAUGGAUGUGCCGCAAAGAACCAUGUGGACACUAUACACAGGUUGUGUGGGCCAAGAGCAAACAGGUUGGAUGUGCCUUUAACUGGUGUGACAAGUACUUUGGUCAGCCUCACCCCUGGGUCCCUGGAGAGACAGUUGUAACUUGUGACUACUAUCCAAGUGGUAACGUGGUAGGACAGCAACCCUACACGCCUGGAACUCCAUGCACAAAGUGCGCUAGCGGCCAGGGUUGGUGCUACAAGAAUCUUUGCAGAGAGUGUAAGAAUUUUAGCCCGAAAUGUGGAACUACCUACACGAAAGGCAUGUGCCUGACAAAAAGACAACUGAUGGAAAAAUACUGCCCUAAGAUGUGCAACCUUUGCAGAUGUCCCUUGCAGUGCAAAAACGGAGGACAAGUUGACCGUAACACUUGCACUUGUACCUGCUAUGGCAAAUGGAAAGGCUCCGAUUGUUCUGAGAAGAUCUGCGAUGAGGGGUGGUACGGAGAGAAGUGUGAAAAACGGUGCUUCGACAAAGUGGGAACAUCUACAUGCAAGUGGCGAGUCCAAAACGGACAUCCAUGUUCAGUAACAUACAUGAAGCUCGACUGCGUCAAGACCUGUGUUUGUGAUCUCAUGCCAAAACCCAAGCCCAAUCCACCACCAAAACCACCGACAAAAGCCCCAGUGACUGUCAGACCUACACAACCCAUCUCGGGGUCUGGGGCAGCUUGUAAAGACAAAUACACAGCCCCUAACCAAUGCGAUUUUUGGGCGACACUUGGAGAAUGUCAGAAGAACAAAAACUGGAUGAGACAGAACUGCAUGAAGAGCUGUGGAGUUUGCAAUUGCCAGGAUGUGUACAACACCGUGAUGUGUAAACAGUGGGCUGAUAAAGGAGAGUGCAAGAAAAACCCCAAUUGGAUGGAGCCGAACUGUGCUAGGAGCUGCCUUGUUUGUGACUGUUUUGACAAACACUCGAAAUGCAAGCAGUGGGCUGGACUUGGAGAAUGUGGAAAGAAAUACGCAACAUGGAUGGAGGAAACUUGUAAAAAGAGUUGUAAUAAAUGCAAUGUUAAGGGUUGAAUAGAUCCGAUCGGUUCAUCUUUGAAACAA